ACUAUUUUCUAUGAUCAGUCAGUCGACUCGUAGCAACGGUGAGAGUAACAGCGUUCUCUGCAAGUGCAUUGGAAUAAUUUUCCGUCUACGCAACGUCUACGGUCAUUAUCUGUUCAGACUCGGAGUGGACCAUGGCUGACCACCAGGAGGGCCUUACCAACGUGGACGCCUGUGAGUCCAUGGACGACUCGCUUAUGCAGAAGAAAGAAUGGCAUCUAGGUGAUUGGGUAGAAAUGUAUGACAAAUAUCCAUCCAGUAAAGCCAAAGGAGGGCCGUCUGAACAAUUGGUGAAGUAUGUGAAGGAGCUCUUGCCGUCUGAGCCAGCCCACGUACUGGUGCCUCUGUGUGGGAAGUCGCCCGAUCUACGAUGGCUGUACGAGCGAGGGAACACAGUGGUUGGCCUCGAGGGUGUAGAGAAACCAGUGAGGGAGUUCUACGAGAUGUACCCUGACCUCCAGCACUCUGUAGAGGACCUCCCCUUCGGUAAACUCUUCAAGAGUAGUGAUGGGCGGCUGCAGGUGUACGUGUGUGAUGUAACGCAGGUGCCUUCUGAAGCCUUGGGCAAGUUCGAUGCGGUGUUUGACUGGGGAGCCUACACCGCCAUAGUGGAAGGGGAUAGACAGAGGUAUGUGGACGUGGUGAUGGCGACGAUGAAGGAGGACUCCAGGUACUUCCUUGAGGUGUGUCAUGACGGGCCCCCAGAAGCUACCGGCAUCCCUAACUCCGUCUCCUUCAGGACCUUAAAGCUAGAGUUUGGACCUUCAUGGAGACUGAGGGUGUUGGAAACUCUGGACAUCAGUGAGGACUGGGAGGUGGAGUCCUUCUUCAACAGUUACUUCCUCAUAACUCCCAAGAACUCUCAGUAGAUAUAUGGAGGUUGAGGCCAUCAACAACCAUAGGAACAUAACAUCAUAAGAAUGGAGGAAACUGCAGCUGGUCUAUUGGUCCCUACUGGGUAGUGCAGUUGACAUCAAACCCCGAUGGCUAAUAUAUCCAUCCAACCUAUAUUUGAAGCUAUCUAGUGUGUUAGAGUUAAUGAUGAUGUUUGGUAACUUGUUCCACUCAUCCACUACUCUAUUUCCAAACCAAUGUUUACCUAUCUUGCACCUAAAUCUAAAUUUUUCUAAUUUGAAACUAUUGUUAUGAGUUUGCUCCUGGCUGGAUAGUUUGAGUAACUUUGUUAUAUCACCUAUGUAUAGCCCUGACUUACAUUUAUACACUUCUAUCAUAUUGCCCCUCACUUUACGUCUCUCAAGGGAGUACAAAUAAAGAUACUUUAACCUGUCUCUGUACUCAAGGUUUCAUCUUUCUAGGGAUUAUAUAUCCAUUCUGUAGUACAGUCUCACUGUAAGAGCGCGAUUUCCUUACUUCAUAUUCUAUACUAUCCUUCUGAGUUAUUCCUUUUAUUCUUCAAUUCUUUAUAUAUAAAUAUAUAUAUAUAUAUAUAUAUAUAUAUAUAUAUAUAUAUAUAUAUAUAUAUAUAUAUAUAUAUAUAUAUAUA